CGAUUUAUCCGCACCGCUGGACGGCCUAUGUGCGUAUAUUCCGGGGUCCUGACGAGGACAACAAGUCGAACAUGGGUGAUGCCAUCACGCUUUUGGUUGCCGGACCGAGCCCCGAACAGUAUUUUGCAAGUCCAUUGUUCGUUCGAUCGCGCCUCCAUCUCGCCUGUACACUGCGGACGACGCAUCUCGCUAUGGAACCUGCGCCAUCCACAGAAGCGACACCAGUCGUCGAGCUGGCGUCUUCGUCUGGUGGCAGGGUCUCAGGGAAGGCCUGGAAGCCACAGAAGAAAGCGACGGUUCGAUCGCACAUCCAGGAGGGCGUUCGCACCAAGAACUGGGAAGAUCGCAUGGAGAAGGAAAAGAAAGCGCAGGCUAUCAAGAAGCUGCAGGCCGAGCUGAAGGAGGAGCAAGAGGCAGAGCGCAAAGCGUGCGCCCCAUGCCGUCCCCUUGUUGAUCCAUCACUCACCUCCCCCAUAGCCGGAUAGACCGCAUUAAGGAGCGAAGAGCCAAAGCAGAGGAGAGGGAACGGAUAGAAAUGG